UGUAGCAAGAACCCUAAAUCCUUUUGAAACGAGGGGGCGAAACGCACAGAAUGGCUGCUGCUGUUGGAGCUUCCUUCGAUCUCUUCAAGCUGCCGCUGCUGCGAUCCAGCUCCCGUGGAUCAUCGCUCCGGGCAAGAACUGGUAUGUGUUUUACGCGAUCUGUACAGUGCGCGGCUUCGAAUUCUCUCCAUUCUGUUCCUCGGCUCAUCGAAAGUUUGCUGGAAAAGACCGAUCUCACGUCCGAGCAGACCGAAUCCGUCACGGACAUGCUCCUGGAGGGGGCCGAUGCUGCGCAAAUCUCCGCGUUUUUGGUGCUCCUUCGAGCUAAAAACGAGACUUUCGAAGAGAUUGCCGGCCUUGCUAAAGCAAUGAUUAAGCGCUCUAUUGCAGUGCCUGGUCUCGCUGGUGGCCUAGACAUUGUUGGUACCGGUGGGGAUGGAGCAAACACCGUCAAUAUCUCGACUGGAGCUUGUAUCCUUGCUGCUUCUUGCGGAGCCAAGGUUGCAAAGCAUGGAAACCGCUCGAGUUCUUCAGCUUGCGGAAGCGCCGACGUUCUGGAAGCGCUCGGCGUGGAGAUAAAUCUCGGCCCUGAGGGAAUUGCCAGAUGUGUCAAGGAAGCAGGUAUUGCCUUUAUGAUGGCACCGAAGUUUCAUCCAGCCAUGAAAGUAGUUGGGCCUGUGAGGAAGUCCUUGAAGGUGAAAACCGUGUUCAAUAUCCUCGGCCCGCUGCUAAACCCCGCUCGAGUUCCGCACCAGAUUGUUGGCGUCUACUCCAAAAGCCUUGUACCGAAGAUGGCGAAGGCGCUCCAGCUACUUGGCACAAAGCACGCGUUGGUAGUGCACUCUGAGGGACUGGAUGAAAUGAGUCCUCUCGGCCCUGGAUUCAUAUUGGAAGUCACUCCCACAUCUAUCAAAGAGUUCAGCUUCGAUCCAUUGGACUUUGGUUUCCCUCGUUGUACAGUAGAAGAUUUGCGAGGUGGUGAUGCAGCGUUCAACUCUAAGGUUCUGAGGGACGUGCUUGGUGGACAAGAGGGACACAUCGCGAAUGCUCUGAUUCUCAAUGCUGGAGCCGGCCUUGUUGCGUGUGGAGUGGCCGACGACUUGAAAUCCGGCGUCGAAAUGGCUCAAGCGGCCCAACAAUCCGGCCAAGCACUCAAAGUUCUGGACUCGUGGAUCCACUUGUCCCAGGAAUUGAAGAUGCAAGAAGAAGCCGUGGCUGUUUCCUAGCAGAAGUACUCUAAAUUUUUGGCCAAAAUAAAUCAAGCAAAAACCGCUCAGUAUAACAAGUGGAGGAUUGUCUAUCAAAAAUUAUUUGGUGAACUUACAAAAUUGAGAGGA